AUGAUAUUAGAAAUUGUCCCACUGUAUAGCCAUAAGUUUUAUAGCACCCUGCUGAUAAUUAAAGAGUUGGAUACUGCUCCUAAUAAGGUUUGUAAAUUGAUUGAUUCUUUGCAAAAUGACAAUAAGGAAGAGUUCAAUGAAGAUGCAGUUUCAACCAACUGUGAGACAAGUAAUAACCAAAGAGAUAGUACGUACAAAAAGUCAUAUAAUUAUGAUUACAUAAAUAACAAGAAAGAUUUUUACACCAACAAGAAAGAUAAAAAUAUAUAUAUUCUUAUAAACUGUGGAUGGGACGAUCAAUUUUGCACAGAUGACAUUAAGAAUGUACUCAGGGUGUGCGAAUAUAUAGAUAUUCUAUUAAUCACGAACCACAGCCUAAGUUUCGUUGGUUGUGUCCCGUUAGUAUUCAUGGAAUUGUUAAAAAGAAAAAGGAAAAUAGAGAUCAUAUGUCACGAAUAUGUUAAAGCAUACAGCAAAUAUGUUUUAUUGAGUUAUUUAAAAUGCAUGAAAAGUUGUGAGUUCUUUAAAAGUAUAAAUGGUUAUGAAUAUUUUAAAAUUAUCAAUGAUUUAUAUCAGAACAUUAUUGCAGUGGAAUAUAGAGAAUAUUAUAUUUUUAAAAAAAUCAUAUGCAAAAAAAAGAACUUAAUUUGUGUACUACCAUUGUAUUUGAUAAAUAAUGGGGAUAACAUAGGAUCAUCUGCGAUUAUUAUAAAAUUCCAUAAUUCAAAAAUUUUAUAUUCUGUAAAUUUGAAUAUAUCAGAUUAUUCUUUUAUUGAAAAAUCGGAUGUCAUAAAACAAUCAAAUGUCUUCACCUACAUAAGUAACUUUCGUUACUCCAACAAAAAUUAUACCAAGAUGAUCGACAUAAACAACAUCCUCAACAUUAUUAACAGGACUAUGCACAACUUAGGCUGCCUCUUGCUUCCUGUGGACAUCGACAGCGUAUUCCUAGAUCUUCUAUUCCACAUCAAUGCACUCAUAGAAGUUAGCAUGCAGAGAUAUGCUCUCUUGUUCUUGUGUCCUUACGCAGAAAAUUUUACAAGGCUCUUGUCCGCGUCGCUUACGUACAUGAAUGUACACAUAAAAAAGAAUUUCCACAAAAAUAGAAUAAAUGUGUUAAAAAUUAGAAACCUAGUAUGUAUUCGAAAUUACAAGGAUUUUAAAAAGUAUGAAAACGGAUAUUACAUUCUGUUUACCUUUCCUGCAUCCAUGAACAAUGAUACGGUUAAGAGAAUAUUGUCCACAUUUCUUACAAGAAAGAAGAAUGUUAUAAUAUUUACAAAAAGAAAUUAUGAAAACAGUUUUUCACACAAUUUAUGUAAUUAUUUUUUUAUGAACAAGGGGAGAAACGAGAAAUCUUAUUUUACCUUCUCAUAUAAUCAUAAUGUAAAAAUUGAUGAUAAAAAAUUAUACGAAAUUUAUGUAAAAGAAAAAACUAAUAUUGAAAAGAAUGCCAUACAGAAUAAAAAAGUUGAUAAAAAAAUUAAAAGGAAAAAAAAAAUACCCCCAAAAAAAAAACAACUAAAUUUCAUAUUUGAGUCAAAGGAAGAAAUGUUGUAUUUAAAAAAGGAAAAUAAUUUAGUCUUGAAAAAAGGAAAAAAUAAAUUCAACAAAGAAAAAGGAGCGUUACAAAAAUCAAAUCAGCAUGAACAUUCAUUACUUUUAAAAAAAGAGAUCUAUAAACAAGAAAAUCGUUCCUUUAAUUCUGAUUUAAAGACAAACAACUUUUACACUAUAAAGGAAGAACAGUGUGCACGCGAGGAAGACAAAGUAGUUAAUACUGAUCCUACAGAUGUGGUACGCAAGGAAAAAGAUUCAGAGAACGAUGGUCACCACAACAACCACGACGGUGGGGGAGGUGGAACAGAUGAUCCCCAUUCCCCUCAUUAUGAUCCUGAUGAGGAAGAGGAGGAGGAGGAGAAUGAUGAUGAUGAUGGGGAGGAGGAGGAGAACGAAGAUGACGUGGAGGAGGAAAAUGAAGAUGAUGUGGAGGAUGAGUUGAGGGACGAGGGAGAAAGCAAUAGCUCCAAUAACGAAUGUCACAAAAGCGAUAACAAUAGCGAAGGGUUGUCGACAAAGAGAGAUAAGCACCAUUUGUAUAAUGCAUAUGAUCAUAUAAAAUAUGAACAUAGAAACGAGAAUGGGAGUGAAAAUGAGGGGGGGGGAAAAAGAGCAGACAUCGUGAAUUACAAAAACGUGGAUGAAUUUUAUGACUUUGACGAUAUCAGUAGCAGCGAGGAAAGUAAUAUGAAAGAGAACAAAAGUAAGAUAGAAAAUGGAAAUAAAAAUAUUUAUGAUGAAGAAGAUCAAAGUGGGUAUAGUAAGAGCAAUAUUGAUGGAGAAUAUUUGCAAGAAGAAAUCGAGGAGCAGGGAAAUAUGAGAUACGGAAAAAUGUACACCAAAAGGUGGAAGAAAAGAAAUAACAAUAAUGUGUUUUUUAAAAAUGAACAUUCGGAUUGUAGUGAUAACAGCGUGGAUUACUCGUAUUUGAACAAGGCUCACAAUUUUGACAAAUUUGAAAAUGCGAACAAGAACAGGAAAAAAAAAGUAAGAAUAAAAACUGAACCCAUGGAGGAUGACGAUGAUGCUGAUGCUGGUGAUGAUAAUGAAAUGAGGUAUAGCGAUGCAGAGCAAUCACUAAAUCACCCCAUUUUGAAAUAUAGAGAAGGUAAAAAUGUGAAAAUGGGAAUAAAAAAUGAGAUAUACACCAAGGAAGAUACAGAAAAAUUUCCGCCAUAUGAUGAAAAAAAAGGAGGAGCAGUAAAUGACGAAUCUUCAUCACAAGAUGAAAAAAAAAGAAGAUAUCAAACAGUACACAUUUCAGAUUAUUACGAAUUUAAAAAAAAAAAAAUACAUGCACCAAAUAGUGGUAAAAAGGGGAAAGAAAGCAUUAUAUUUGAUAACACAUAUGAAGAAAAGAAACGUUUAUUUGAAGACAAAAAAAAAAAAAUGACAUGGAAAAAAAAGUUAAUUGAUUAUUUAAAGAUAAUUCCAUCCAAUUUACAAGAACAACAAGUCUCUAUAUCAGUAGAUUGUUCAAUAAAAACCUUUAAUAUAGAAAAUUAUAUCAAUCAAAAUAUACUAAAAAAUAUAAUACACUUAAUGAAGCCAAAAAAUUUUGUUCUUCUUCCAAGUUGUAAUAGCUUCUUUUCAUUCAAUUUUGAAUUAUUACUAAAUUCUUCAACUGAAUCGAUGGAUGAAAUAAAAUUCUAUACUUUUUAUUCCCCCAAUUUUUCUCACAAUAUGAGUCAACAAAAUAUUUAUCUUAACCGUUAUCUUUAUUCGAGUGCUAAAUCCAUCGAUUCGGUUAAUAUACCCUUAAAUCUUCACUAUGAAAAUGUGCAUAUCAAAAGUAUUUACACUCUACUUAACGCCACGAAAAAAAAUGCCCAUCACAAAUUCCAUAUUUUUAAAAUCAAAUCCAACCUUCCCUCCAAAAGGGAAUGCCCAAAUUCGCAGUCAUGCGGCAGCACAAGACGAAAACGAUUCAUCAAUGAACAUAGCACCUUCUGGAGUGAGUUUAACGAUGCACAUUAUUCCAUGUCAAUAGAUAAAGAAAACGAUGAAUUAAAAGAAAUGGAAAAAGAAACCAAGGAAGAAAAUGAAAAGGUACAAGAUGAUGAAAAUAUGUUAAAUGAAAAAAAUCAAAAUGUAAAUAAAGAAAAAUCCAAUGAAAAAAGACCUUUUUUAAAUUAUUAUAACAUGGAUGAUGAAUUUUCUAAUGGAAAACAAGGAGAAGAAGAUGAACAGGAAUUAUCUGAAACAUUGGAAGAACUGGAAAUUUCCUCAGAUAUGGAUGAUUAUAUCUCUAACGAUGAUAAUUUAUAUGAAGAUAAUAAAUUGAGUGGUAAUAUCUACAUUGGUGAUGUAAGUAUGCAAAAUUUGUCUUCUAUUAUUAAUAAUGUUUUUCAGAGACGCCUUAAUUUCGUCCCUCAAGGAAAUCAAAUCAUAAUUGAUGGAAAAACAUGCAUCAAGAAGGAGGAACAAGAAAUCGAAACAUCAGGGUCCAUUCAGAAACAAAAAAACAUGAACAAAAAAAAUAAUGUUGUCUGGAAAAUUGAGAGUCCGCUGGAUCCUUCAUUCUACUUUUUACGAAAUGUUUUAAAAGACAUGUUCAACCAUGUUUCUAUAUGA